AUGCACUGCAGAGCUUACCUCUUGCUAGAAAGAGACUUCCAGGAGUUAAUGGAGAACAAUUAUAAGGGUAUUAUUGCGUUUCCUGUAAGUGAAGAUAUGAUGCAAUGGGAAGCUGAAAUUGAAGGUCUACAGUAUUCAGUUUGGCAUGGAUUAUUUUUCCAACUGUCAAUAAAUUUUACAUCGGAAUACAAUUUGCUUCCCCCAGAUGUCAAAUUUAGAACAAUUCCUUUUCAUCCAAAUGUAGACAAAGAUACUGGUCGGCCCUGUAUAGAGUUUUUGGAUGACCCUGAUCAGUGGAAUACAAGCUAUAAACUGAGCAGCAUCUUACUUACCCUUCAGGUUAUGCUUUCUAAUCCAGUACUAGAAAAUCCAGUGAAUUUGGAAGCAGCCCAAAUGCUGAUUGCUGAUGAAUCUCUGUACCAAAUAACAGUGCUAAAGCGUUUCAACCAGCCAUUACAAUUGAAAAAUGACAGUUCUGUGUCAUCUAAAGAACCACAGGAACUUGUCAGAUCAGUUAAAGCUAUUUCAUUUAAUGAUUACUACAAGACAUGGUCUGUAAUAGCCACGUCAAAAGCCACAGAAUAUUACAGAACUCCAGUGCUUCAAGAUUCAGAUUUCGUAGGAAAGUAUUAUAAACGGAAGAAAAUUGAUCUAAAACAUCCUAAAGAAUGGAGAUUAAAGUAAGUAACUUGAAGUGUCUAGAAUCCUAUUAACUUGAAGUGUCUAUUAUUCCGUUUCUUCUAACUGA